AUGAUUGCCCCUGUAAGACGACAUGCAGCCUCGCAUCAGCUGGAUUCUACGCCUGCAGCACCCUAUGAAAUCCCCCAAUCGGUAAGCCCCUCCCCUCAAGCGCGCCGACCGAGAAAACUGGGUCUGCUCUUAUGUUCGUGGCGCAUCGGCUCCGUUUUCUCCAUGUCACAUCCGCUCGUGGCAGCAGUGUGGGAACAGCUAGGGCGCCGUGAUCUGGCAAAUCUUCUACGGGAGAUUAUCGGGGAACAUGCUGCAGAUAUCGCGGUCUCGCAGAUCCAGGAUGGUGCUCAGCCCGCCAAAACGGAGGCCCUGACUCAGUCGGUAUUUUGGAUCAGAGCCAUCUUCGAUCUACAGCGAACAUAUUUGCAGGGCCUAAGGAGCAUCCAUGGCGGCCAUUCGAGCUUUUUACAUUACCUACUGCCGUCGGAGGUAGUUUUGUCCGCCGUCAUGUACUUGGUGCAGGUCAAGACCAGCCUCUUUCCGUGCACCACACCCACGGCCCCUGAAGUGGUGAGAUAUCGACACUUCCUGGUCCAUACCUUGCUUGCGGGUAUCCGGCUCCUGCUGCUGCGAGGCGAGAAUUUAUCCCCCGACGUGAAAUUCAAUAUGGAACGAGUGAUUCGGUCAGCAUGGCAGGACCCGGACCUAUCGAGCGUGGAGAGAUAUUUGGUCAGCGACCUUCUACCCAAGGCCAUCAGCAGUAUUGGUUCGCCAGAACUGUGCAGGAGCCAGUCCCCGUCGACCCUAGGGAAAGCUCAGUCUGCUGCGUUUGUCUCGGGCAUGUACCCAUUCUCUGGAACCUCCGAACCAAAUAUCACGGAUCUCCUGACUGCUCUCAUUAACAAUAAGACAGAUCAGCUGAUCCCCUUCUGCCUCCUGUUUGACAUGCUCUGGGCGACAGAAUCUGCCCUCGUGCAAUGUCAUAUCGAUCGUCGCCGUAUUUCGCAAGAAGAGGGGCAUAGCAGUGAUGCGGCAUUCCAAGUCGACGAGGCAUUUAAUCAAGCCCGAGAGAUUCGAAUGAGACUAGCCAAAACUAUUCUAGCUGCAUUUAAUGAUGAAUUCACCACCCCGUCUCUCCAGGUACUGGCGACGGCUAUACUAAGCCAGAACGGAGAAGGACAGCCGCCACUCCAGACGCGACGAAUUCGGGACUCUUGGGCCCAACUUUCUCGACUCAGAGACGUUUGGGAAAGUUCCCUCGGGUACCUGGUACGAUGGCUGAUCAAUCGAAGAGUUCAACUGUGGGGUUGUAAUGGAGAGUUAGAGGCAAACUCUCAUUAUUAUCAGCAACACCUGGCCCAAUGGCUACAGAGCUCGCCCCUUCCGGAGAAUAGCGAUUCAUUUCAAGCAACUGAACGACGGUCUGAUAUUAUCUAUGUGGUGAACUGUCCAGCAGUUCAUCUAAUACCCAGAGCGCUGUUAGAGGAGCAACUGAGAAGCUUUGACAGAAAUGCUCACGAAGUAUCGACGCCCAUUCUCUCCGAGCCAGACGGUAAUAGACGGCUGUCCCUUCAAGGCUCAAUCUCCCGGAAUACAACAUCCUCAAGUUCUGUAAGUCAUUCAGCCAGCCAGUCAUCAGGCGAUGCAUUAAAGAGUCCUAUCACCCCUGGGUCAUACACUGCCGGGCUCAGCGAGGCCACCAGUAUCCAAUCUGUUGGUGUUUAUUCAGAAGGGCCAGAGCCAUUCUUGACCCGCCCGAAACCGGAUUCCUUUCUAGAAAAACAAAUGAGCAAGGUGAGUUCGAGGGAGUUAAAGAGUGUGAAGCUGCCUAUUCCUGGCGGAGGAUCCCUCUUUAGACGGGGCUCGUCGAAAGAAACCAAACUGCCUCAACAGCCCCGAUUCUGCUUUUCGGCAUCGGGACGUUGCCUUCUACUCUGGGGUGCCGGUGGGAACUGCCUUGUGCGGUUUGACAUUCCGUCAAUUGAAGGACAAAGGCCUGUCGGGCAUAAAUACGAUGUAACCGGUGUGCAAUAUGCCGCAGCAGGAGACCGGCGAUGUGCUAUCAUCGCCACUCACUAUGAGCUCCUUGUUUUCAAUAAGACCGCAGUCAUUCCAGAGGCAUACUUAUCAAUCGAGAUUCAGCAUCAUUCUUUACCUCCGAUCUCCAUGGUGAUGUCUCGUGAUGACAGAUACAUAGCAUUCACAUUUAAAGACGAAGUUCGGUUCUAUGAAGUCGGUACUAGAUCGAUCAGGAGAGUCUCAAUAGACUUGAAUCUCCAUCAUCAUAACACCUAUUCCAAUGACCUCGCCACGGGGACCUCUCCAGCUGAAGGGAAGACAGAAAAGGCCAAUAAAGCAACCGCUGGGAGAAAAAUCCAAUUUUCCGUUGAUGGGAAGAAUCUCAUCGUUGCAACCCACCUAGGAGAUCAGGAUGCCUGUGUGGAGGUGUGGAACUGCAGUACGGAACAAUGGAACGUGGCUCCUGAUUGUGCCAGGACAUUCAAACUCUCACCAUGGAGUGCCAACGAUAAAGGCCUUACUUGUGUAUUCUAUGACAGCUUCCACCACGCGGUCUUAUUGACGGCCUUGCCCAAGAAGGACUGUUCAGCAUCGUCACCUGUGACUGAAGAAAGCAACAUGAGCGAUCAUUCUACCACAACGAUUAUCCAUGCGGCCCAGUCGCCAUCCGGCUCGCGGUUUGUGAUUGCUAAUGGAAUGAAUCAAAUCUGCCUGUGUAAUGCCAACCCCAGCGGGGCCCUCAAACCCUCGCGGACGAAGAAGGCCUCCAACAAGAUCAGUCCUUCCGUUUUCAAGCCUGGAAAACUGGUCCUAUCAUUCCCACAAGAUGAUUGGAUAUCUCUGUUCUGGAUCAAACAGGGACGGCUUUUACUCCGGAUGGUGCGGCUGAACGAGGGGAAUGAGACGGUCAGCGAGUAUGAUUUGCGCUCCGAUUUCGACCGCCUCUUGUUGGAACGUCUGCAAACAACCGGUUCCCCUAUCCAGCAUCGGCGAUAUUCGCUAUUGUCGAAUCAACCAAUUACAGAGAUGGACAACCUAACAUUGUCUCCGCGGCGACCCAAUAUGCCCGAACUCCCAUCAACGUAA